AUGUCAGGGAUUAUGUUAACUGAACUAAACCUAGUUGAAGUACUACAGCAGGCUAGUGACAUGCAGCAUAUGGGUACCGAAAGACAGAGGAUGGCCGAAUCACAAUUGAAGGCAUGGGAAACCCAGCCUGGCUUCCACUUUCUUUUGCAAUCAAUAUACUUGGACUUAUCAAAUGGCUUGCAUGUACGGUGGCUAGCUGUUAUACAGUUUAAAAAUGGUGUUGAGAAGUAUUGGAGGGCGACAAGAAUUAAUAGCAUCGGAAAGGAUGAAAAGGCGUCUAUUAGGAAAAGAUUAUUUGAUGUGGUGGAUGAGCAGAAUAAUCAACUCUGUAUCCAAAAUGCACAAGCAACAGCUCGUAUUUCUCGUAUUGAUUUCCCUGUAGAAUGGCCAAAUCUUUUUGAGUCAAUCGAGCAACUGCUUAACAUUAACCACAGGAAAGAAAUUCAAACACAUAAUAUAUUGAUGCACUUGAAUCAGAUAAUCAAAAUCUUGGGAAGUGCCCGUAUUGGAAGGUGCAGACCAGCAAUGCAAAGUAAAAUACCUUUGAUAUUUUCACUAGUUGUUCGUAUUUAUUUGGAGUCAUUCGAUGAAUGGACGCAUUCUAACGUUGCUGACGGAGACAUUCUAUCUAAAUUACAGAUCUCAUACUUGGCUUUAAAAGUAUUAAGAAGAAUGGUUUCUGAUGGUUAUGAAUACCCACAAAGAGAUGAAACUGUUUGUGAAUUUAUGAAACUUUCAAUUACCCAUUUCGAUGUUCUCAUUGCUAACCAUGAAAAUUUCAAAAAGUUUGAUCUUUACGAGAAGUUUAUCAAAUGCUUUGGAAAGCUGUAUUUUAACUUAGUUACCGCAUCGCCUGCUAAUUUUAUCUUGAUACCAAGUUCAUCACAAAUUUUAAUUUCCUACACCAGUUUCCUACUUAACAAAGCUCAGUUUGUAUACCAAGAAAAUCCGGAUGUAACAGGAGAUUUCUGGGAACAAGUUGCUAUUAGGGGCAUUAUGAUAAUAAAAAGAGUUAUCAAUUUUGUAUCUAAAAAGGGUGCUGUCACUAUUAAAGCCAGGAGUGAUAAACCCAACAUUGAUGCAGCAAUCACUAAGAUUAACAAUGAGUAUUUAAAUGAAAAUCUUAUUAAAAAGAUGGUGGACACAUUGAUGGAGUGGUAUUUGAAGUUGAGAGCUACUGAAUUAGACAACUGGUUUAUGGAUCCGGAAGAAUGGAUAAACGAGCAGAUGGCUUCGAGUUACGAAUAUCAAAUAAGGCCUUGCGCAGAAAACUUCUUUCAAGAUUUAAUCAAUACAUUUCCUGAAUUGUUGGCUUCCUAUCUCUUAAAUAAGAUUGAAACAUCAGCCAGUACAUUAUCCGAUUCUUUGGAGGACUUCUUAAGGAAGGACGCCAUCUAUGCCGCUUUCCAAUUAAGUGCAUCUGCAGUUAGUGAAAUGGUUGACUUCGACAGACUUUUGCCUACAGUCUUCUUGCCAGAAGCGGCCGGAUCUAACACACCAGGAGAAAGAUUAAAAAUUAUUAGAAGGAGAGUUGCAUUAAUUAUCAAUGAAUGGUCGAUAGUGAAAUGUUCUGAAGAAAGUAAGAAUCUGUGCUACAAAUUUUUCGCUGAAAUGUUGGCUACGGAAGAGGACAAAGUUGUAUUACUUACUGUAGUACAAUCGCUAAGGACCAUGCUGGAUGAUUGGAAUUUUAAUAAAGAUAACUUUGAACCAUAUUUAAAUUCAGUUGCUUCUUUGUUAUUAAGAAAAAUUUUACCAUCAGUUUCCUUGACAGAAACUAGGCUUUACGUUUUGAAUACAAUGAGUGAUUUAAUUAUACAAACAAAAUCUCUCAUAGGCCAAGAUAUGCUGAUUGAAAUUCUUCAAAUCGUGCCUAACCUUUGGAACGUAGCCACCAAUGAAACCACAGAGUCGAUCUUGUGCAAUUCCCUGCUGAGAUUGUUAAGACAUUUGGCUACCUCGUUAGGAGCAUUUUCCUAUAUGACGUGGGAAAUCUCAAUACCAAUUGUUAUGACAUCCUGUAAUCCGUCAUCCAAAGAUUACCAACUAUUGAACGAAGAUGGUUUUGAACUAUGGAGUGUGCUGUUACAGAAUUAUUCUCCUGAAAAACAGCAACUGGAUACAAGAUUUACAGAGUUUUUGCCUUAUGUUAGUUCAGCAGUUGAGUGUCAUACCGAAAUACUACCUACCCUUUUAGAAAUUAUCAAGAGUUAUGCAUUGCUUUUGGAACCAUCUCAAUUUUUUGCACAUCCAUCAGUUGCAGAAGUUUUCAGAAAGCUAUCUCAGUACCUAUUAAAGUUAAGAGAAGACUCCUUCCAAUUGGUUCUCGAAAUUUGGGAAAUUUUAACCCUUUGUAAUGAGUCUAACAAUGAAUCAUUAUUGAUAGAAAAUUUUUACAGUAAUGGUAUAUUUAUUGCCCUAUUUGAUGCAGUACUUCUUGAGGAAGCAUUAUCAAGUUAUCAAUGCUUGCAAGUUCUUCAAGUAAUUUCCAGAAUCACAUACGUUAACCCUAGUGCUGUAAUGAAUUUCUUGACAAGCUAUCAUUCUAAUUUGCCCUUGAUGGAACAAAAUAUGCAAUUGCCGGUGACUGAAAGAAAACUGGUUUCCAGUGAUAUGAGUUAUGACGACGUUGUACGUAAGUUUAUUUCUGUAUGGGUCGUCUGUUUUAAGGAUGUAUACGACCCAAAACAGAAAAAGGUUCAUAUUCUGGGCUUAUCAAGUCUUUUAAGAACUGGGUUAGUGUCAGUAAUUGGCGAAUUUCCAGCGAUUGCAUCAAUCUGGAUUGAAAUGCUAGAAGAAAUAAAGGAGACAAAUGAUGGCGAUUGUGAAAAGUAUCAUUUGAACGAUAUCGUCACAGAGCAAUCUCUAGAAUUUUAUCCUAUCAGUUGUGAACAGUUAAGAUAUCAUCAACUAGUCAAGAAUAAUGACCCCACACAUAACAUAAGCCUCAGAGAUUUCAUCUCUCAAACGAUGCAAUUCUUAGAAACACAAAUGGGUUCCCAAGAAUAUCAAGCAUUCUUAAACUCAAAUAAUCCCACACUUCUCGAAAAUCUACAACUAUUCUUGAGCAUUCAACAACAGUAG